CAACCCAUUUUUUAAUUUUCAACCUCUCACUCUCUUUAUAAACAUCUCUCUCUAACCUUCAAAAGUCAGCGCUCUCUUUUGUCUCCUCUGGCUUCUCUCUUCUCUCCUCAGAGAUUCGAAGCUUUUGUCUACCCCUGAGCUACCAAAUUCAAUGGCCGACGAUUGGGAUCUCCACGCCGUAGUUAGAGGCUGCUCAGCCGUAAGCUCAUCAGCAACUACCUCCACAACCACCGUAUUUUCCGGCGGCGUUUCAUCUCACACGAACCCUACGUUCACCGUCGGAAGACAGAGUAAUGCCGUCUCCUUCGGAGAGAUUCGAGAUCUCUACACGCCGUUCACACAAGAAUCCGUCGUCUCUUCGUUUUCGUGUCUGAAUUACCCAGAAGAACCAAGAAAGACACAGAACCAGAAACGUCCUCUUUCUCUCUCUGCUUCUUCCGGUAGCGUCACUAGCAAACCCACAGGCUCCACUACCUCUAGAUCUAAAAGAAGAAAGAUACAGCAUAAGAAAGUGUGCCAUGUAGCAGCAGAGGCUUUAAACUCCGAUGUCUGGGCGUGGCGAAAGUACGGACAAAAACCCAUCAAAGGUUCACCAUAUCCAAGAGGAUAUUACAGAUGUAGUACAUCAAAAGGUUGUUUAGCCCGUAAACAAGUGGAGCGAAAUAGAUCCGACCCGAAGAUGUUCAUCGUCACUUACACGGCGGAGCAUAACCAUCCAGCACCCACUCACCGUAACUCUCUCGCCGGAAGCACCCGUCAGAAACCAUCUGAUCAACCGAUGACUACUAAAUCUCCCACGACCACGAUCGCCACGUAUUCAUCGUCUCCGGUGACGUCAGCAGACGAAUUUGUUUUGCCGGUGGAGGAUCUAGCGGUGGGGGAAGGUCUCGACGGAGAUGAGGAUCUGUUGUCUCUGUCCGAUACGGUGGUGAGCGAUGAUUUCUUCGACGGGUUGGAGGAAUUCGCAGCCGGAGAUAGCUUUUCCGGGAACUCGGCUCCGGCGUGUUUUGAUCUGUCUUGGGUGGUAAACAGUGCCGCCACGACGACCGGAGGAAUAUGAGUAGAUUACGGCUUAGGAUACUCUUUUUAGGGAAAGAUAUAGGAUGAAGGAAUUAUUCUCGGAUUAUAUGUAAAAAUAGGAAAAAGUAAAAAUGUUCUUUGUUACUUUUUUCGGUUUUAGUUUCUUUCUUCCUAUUGUUUCUAAAAUAUCUUAGAAAGAAAAUUUAAUUUGUAUAUUCCUUAAGCCCCAUAUUCGUUACCGAUUUUUUAAA